AUGAACGCGGAAACAUUUUCAUUUAUUUUUAACUUUCAUUAUUAUUCUCGUUGCUCUUCAUUAUUGCAGGAACGUUCGCCAUUUUGUUUUUCUCUCUUUGAUCUCAUUUCGUUCUUGAAGGAAAGCAACAGCAAUUUUUACAGGACUUCUUUCAGAAUUUUCUGCUGUGAAUUCAGAUCCCAGACGAUGAUUAAGUUUCUAUUGAUUGUUAAUAAGGCUGGACGACUCCGACUGACCCAUUACUUUGAGCAUUAUAAUCACGAAGACAAAUCCGCUAUUGAAAGAGAUAUCAUCCGAAGAUGUUUGUCAAGCAGUGGGAAACAGUGCACAUUUUGGGAAUACCGUGAUUUCACCAUUGUCUAUCGCAAAUAUGUCAAUCUCUACUUUGUCUCAGGAAUUACAAAUGAUGAGAAUGAGUUGGCUGUCUUAGAACUGAUGCACAAUUUGUUGGAAACCCUGAAUGUCUAUUUUAGCAAAGUGUCUGAAUUGGAUGUAUCCUUUUUUAUAUACUUCUAA